CGAUGUGAUCUAAUACACUUCGCGCAGUGGAGGUUUGUGAGUGUGUUUGACUUGUUGGCUUAUUUGGACGUCAGAAGUUAACUAUGGCGAGUUUGGUGUUGAGAUCUGUUUUUACUUGCCGCCGUUUUUCGUCAUUUGACUUCUUCAAGACAACUAAGCGAGUGGAAUUUCUAUCUCGACAAACACUGUGUACGACUAAUGGCUUAUUCACCAUAUAUACUGCAGACCCAAUAAACCCAAAUGAAGAGAAAUUUGAGAAGAUAUUGAUUGCCAAUAGAGGAGAAAUAGCCUGCCGUGUUAUACGAACCUGCAAAGAAAUGGGAAUAAAAACUGUAGCUGUGCAUAGUGAUGUUGACUCCAUGGCUGUUCAUGCAAAGAUGGCAGAUGAAGCUUAUUGCAUUGGUCCAGCCCCUACCAGUAAGAGUUAUCUAAAUAUGGAUGCCAUCUUGGAUGUAGUUAAACAAACUGGAACACAAGCAGUACAUCCAGGAUAUGGAUUUUUAUCAGAAAAUAUGGAAUUUGCCAGAAGACUAAAAUGCAACAAGGUAGAGAAUGAACCUGUUAUAACUAUCAAAAAGUCAAAUGUAAUAAAAUUAACCCCAGCAUUCUUUGCUAUUCUUUUACUCUCAAUUUUAUCUCCCAUUGCCUGGAUGGCUUUUGAAUGUAAAAUUACCCCUGGGUUUGAUGGUGUAGUGAAGGAUAUUGAAGACUGUAUCAAGAUAGCAAAUGAUAUUGGAUAUCCUGUCAUGAUUAAAGCCUCUGCUGGUGGAGGUGGAAAAGGAAUGAGGAUUGCGUGGAAUGACAAAGAAGCAGAGGAAGGGUUCAAGCUCUCCAGAGAUGAAGCAGCUUCUAGUUUUGGAGAUGAUCGGUUGUUGGUGGAAAAGUUUAUUGACAAUCCAAGGCACAUUGAAAUCCAGGUUCUUUGUGAUAAACAUGGUAAUGCUCUUUAUUUGAAUGAACGUGAGUGUUCAAUUCAAAGAAGAAACCAAAAAGUUAUUGAAGAAGCUCCAAGUUCAUUUGUGGAUCCAGCAAUGAGGAAGGCUAUGGGAGAACAAGCUACAGCUUUAGCUCUAGCUGUUGGAUAUGAUUCAGCAGGAACUGUGGAAUUCUUGGUUGACUCAAAAAAAAAUUUCUACUUUCUUGAAAUGAAUACAAGGUUACAGGUGGAACACCCAAUCACUGAAUGUAUAACUGGUGUAGAUUUGGUACACCAAAUGAUCAGGGUAGGAAAAGGACAUAAACUCAACUUGAAACAAAGUGACAUUCCUGUCCGAGGCUGGGCACUUGAAUCUCGUGUAUAUGCUGAAGAUCCCUACAAGCAUUUUGGCCUGCCCUCUGUUGGUCGUUUAUACAAAUACACUGAACCACUUUAUAUUCCAAAGGUUCGAUGUGACAGUGGAAUCAAGGAAGGGAGUGAAAUCAGCAUUUAUUAUGAUCCAAUGAUAUGCAAGCUUGUAACAUAUGGAGACACUAGGAAAGAAGCUCUUGAUACAAUGGUGAAGGCCUUGGAUUCAUACGUGAUCAGAGGUGUAACACACAACAUUCCUCUUUUGAGAGAUAUAAUGACUGAAGAAAGGUUUGUAAAAGGUGACAUUAGUACUAACUACCUGACCACUGUUUAUCCUGAAGGUUUCAAAGGGAAGCAACUAACAAAUGUUGAGAGGAAUGACAUGUUGGCUCUAGCAGGCUGCAUGUAUGUUAAAGACUCCAUUCGUUCAGUGAACUUUCUUAACCAACCCAGGACACUGGAAAGUAACAUUCCCAAAUCUUGGAGUGUUGUUGCCCAAGUAAAUGAUCAGGAUUUCCUAUUGCGUAUAUCCAUCAAGAAAGAUCAUUACAAGGUGGUAGUUGAUGACCAGAUUCUAGAGGUAGAAAGAAAUAUCUCACUUUCUGUUCCAGUUUUGGAGACUUCUGUUGAUAAUAGGCCUUACACAGUCCAGCUGAUUACUCUUGAUGCGAGUGGACAUAUUCGAUUGCGAUUUCAGGGGACAGCAUAUAACAUCAAUAUAUUACCUGCAGAUGCCUUCAGUUUGAACCAACACAUGCUGACCAAGCCAAAGAUGAAUGUGGCCAAAGUAGUAAUUGCACCUAUGCCUGGAAUGGUUAAGCAUGUUGCUUGCAGAGUAGGAGACAUGGUUGCUGAAGGCCAGGAAGUGUGUAUUAUAGAAGCCAUGAAGAUGCAGAAUAGUCUGUCAAUUGGUUCCACAGGAAAAGUAAAAGCUGUGAACUGUAAACCUGGAGAAACUGUAGAAGAUGAGCAAAUCCUGAUAGAAUUGGAGUAAAAUUGUUCUAAAAAAAGAAGUACAUAAAUAGAUACAUUUGGUGUUAGGAUUGCUCAAUUAUUACUAACAUUCUUGCUCUGUUUGUAUUUUUUAUUGCAUUCUUGGAUUAAAUUACAUUGAGCUUCAUUGUUUAUUUAAAUGAUUCUAGGGAAUAGUUCAACUCAACAUUUGACUUACUCCAGAAGGCUUUCUUUCUUAAAAACUCUUUGAGGUAUAUUGUUUGAUUGUAUCUGGAAAUGCAAUCUUUGUUUUUUGUUAUAAAGUAACCAAGUGACAUUGAGUUUCUAACUAGAAAAGCUUAACAGUCUAUAAAUUUUUAAUCAUGUUCUAACUGAUAUGGUAGCUUACGUUUAGCCUCUCUAAUCUGUCAUUCCACCAUAAGGGAACUUGUAUAAAAGGUGUCAAGUUAUCAGAGACACUCUGAACAGUAAAUCUAUACUUAGCAUGAUUAAGCCUGAUAAUUUUCUAUAUUACAAUAAGUUCUGUUUAUUAAAUUUUCAACUUUUUUUUUUCCCAUCAGUUCCAUUUUUCAGUAGUUUGUAUAAAAGUAAAACUAUGUUGUAACCUCGCUUGUAAGAAAUCAUCAUUUUUAAUUUGGAGCCCCCCCAGUGGCACAGCGGUAUGUCUGCAAAGAAUCAUGAUAAUAGAUUGUUGCAGCUUUAUAAAUAGGGUAUGUAAAAGUGAUAAACAUGAAAAUUUUCUUAAUAUUUUCAUUCUAGUUUCGCUUAGUGUUUUGUGUAUUUUUCAUUGUGAAAUCCUUGAACCAAUUAAAUGCAUAGUCAUCAGUGA